AUGGAAGUUGUCAAGGAGCUCCACGCUGCUGUGGCAAAUGCAUGUGAGGAAUCCUUCGACAAUGCCUAUAAGCACAUGAAAUCCCAUAUUGAUGCAUACGUCAAAGAGGCAAAAUUAAAAGAAUCAAUGGCCAGCCAAUCACAGCGACGAUCAGAGACCAGAAUUCGAGAGCUUGAACAUGAUAUUACGGUACUCCGGAGUGAGCUGCAACAAUAUGAAGUUGAUCCACGGGAUCUUGAACUUCCCGGGGAAUAUGCCAAUCUAGAGACCGAAUUUGACCCGAAAAACCUGUGGGGGGAUAACCUGGAGGAGGAGGAUCAUCGCAGUUUUCGGAAGUCUCGGAACAGAGUUGAGGCCAAAUACACCGCGCUUUAUACAAAUUUACAGACAUUCAUCCAAACUUGGAGUGGUCUCAAAUCUCGAGUUUUGCAGCAUAAAAAGAAGCUACGGCGGUGGGAUCAGCAAUUAGAGCGUGGAGAAUUCUCGCUUGUUCUCAAUGGUCAACCCGUCAAAUUCCGCAGGGUGGAAAGUCCCACCUUCGAGGAUGUCGACAAACACUCGGAGACCCAAGGCUCCUCGAAGAAACGCCCAAGAGAAGAGUUUCCAGAUCUUCCUGCCAAGGCCAUCAAGUUGUCACAAAGAAGGUCCCGCGCAGAUGAUGAACAUGCAGAUAUAAGAGUUGAAGAUGAUAACCAAAGAGUAAUUCACGGCUUAACAUCAGAGUCAGCCUCCACUCAGUCUAGUUCUCCUAGACCCGAUAUGGAACCCUCAGAAUCUUCUGAUACAAUAUGUUUCCUACCUCAUGCCUGCGGGGAGCAGACUCGGCAGAGGCUUUCCCCGACACUUCCCGACAGGUGUCUUGUGCACACCCAGCGGACGGUGAUGAGCUUGGAGCGCCCUGCAGUUGUCAAAAAAGAGAUCUUGUCCUCGAGUCCAUCUCGAGGUUCAAUACACAACAGUGAACAGCCAGUUGUAAGCACGCAAGAUCUGGAUGAGAUAGGGGACACGAUACGGACACCAAUCAAACGGAAAGCCUACCGGGAUGUCAAUGUCGCACAUCACUCGAAACGAAUUCCGAUAGGCCCGCAAGUAUCUCAACAGCCAUCUAUACCCCAACCAGGUGACAGCAACAUACGCAAGGCUACAUUCUCUGUACAGGGAUCCUCCACGAAACGCCUCCAAGAUCUAGAGCGACGCGCAAUACCAGCUCUGGCAGAAGACGGCGAGGACGCGACCUCCUUACCGACGUCUUCGAAAAUUGGCUCCGGUGUCAAUAUCAGACCUUCGGAAGCCAAGACAAAUAGUGGAUUUGCACAAAGACGCCUGGAAGACCUUUUGGAACAAUCGGUGCCCCCCAGAUCACCACUUCAUUUGUCGAGCAAAGUCUCCGGCCUUGAUUCACCAAAGCCAAACGAUGCAACCCGCAGUGAUCAACUAACACCCAAGACGUUGAGUCAAACGGCGCCAAAUAUAAACCCCGAUGAUGAACCAUUUCGGGCAAGACCUCUUCGUUGUCUUGGGUUGGAACAUUUCAAAAUCAAUCCGGCUAGAAAUCAAGGGCUUGAUUACGCAUAUGAUGCAGUUAUCCGAAAGAAGCAUGACCGCAAAUGCAUAUCAGGCUGCACUCGCCCAGGAUGUUGUGGGGACCGGUUCCGGGCUAUGGCCCGCCUUGGGGGUUUCCCCGGUAAAUCUGGAGCAGAACAGGAGAAAGAAGAUCAGGCAAUUCUACAGGAAUUCCUGGGAGAAGAUACACAAUUGCUUCGAAACAUGAGCGGUGAAGAGCGUGAAAAUCUCCUGGUGGAAGCGAGAGCCAGGGCCCUGGCCAACCAAUAUGGACGACAUCGGCAUACCCAUCAGCGGGCUCAAUCCCCUCCUGGCUUCUGGCGGACUGAGAUGCCAGAUACACAGGAGGAGGAAGACGACCUUGAAGCUGCCAAGAGGUUGGAGCGUGAGAAAGUGGAAGAGCGAUAUCGAGAGGCUAUGCGCCCUGGGGGGUUAUGGACAUGGGCGGAUGAAUGA